AUGGGAUUUGAAGAGCAGCUGGCAGUGUUUUCACCUGACGGAAGGCUUAUACAGGUUGAGUAUGCACAGCAGGCCAGCGAGCAAGGGUCUCUUGUUGUGUUUGGGGUAGAUUCCGAGAAGAUAUCUGUGAGCAUUGAGAGAAAGUCGGGGAACAAGCUUUUUCUGGAGGAGGAAAAGGUGUUUCUUGUCAACGAACGGCAGAGUAUUUGGAUGAGUUACUCUGGGUUCAAACCUGAUGCAUAUUUGGUGAUGAAUGCAGCAAGGAUGAUAUGUUUUUCAUACAAAAAUACCACGGGAGAGGACAUAAGCAUCGAUCAGCUUGCAAGAAGGCUAAGUGAAUAUAAGCAGAGAUAUACUGUUGUUUACCACCAAAGGCCAUUUGGAGUCCGUACAGUUCUGUUUGGACUAAAGCCCAGGCCUGUGGCGUAUGUUAUUGAGCCGGACGGAAACUUCUCUGAAUUCUUCUGUGGAGCGAUUGGACAGAAAAGCCAAAGAGUAUGUGAGUAUUUGGAGAAGAAGGACAAGGGAGACCUUGUAAGACUCACUAUUCUCGGACUCAUGGAGGUUGUCCAGUCCGACUCGAAAAAAAUAUCAUCUUUUGUACUAAGCAGAAGGGGAUGCGAGCGGGUGGAAGAGUCUGCUAUCAUGGAUGUGAUCGACUCUGUAGUUCAAUAA